UCCACGUUGAAUGACUUGAAUCCCACGAAACAUAGCAACAUUCAUAUUAGACACACCGCACGCCGCGGAAACUUCCACCGCACGCCAUCGCUCACACGAGUCACGACCCAGCCGCCGCCGCUCCAUCCACGACCCAUCCCCUUCGUCGCCGGUCGCAAAUCACCACUGCCGCAGCAUCCCGUUUUUCUUCUCCUCAACACGCAGCGUUUCAGAACGCUCGAACAGGUUCGUAGUUCAUCACUUCAUUGUAGUCCGCAUCGAAUUUUGCAGUCCUUGUUUCUGUAUACAAUGGGAAGUGAUGAAAAUCUGAAGACAUGGGUAUCGGAUAAAUUGAUGUCUGUACUGGGAUAUUCUCAUCCCACAAUUGUGCAAUACAUGAUUGGAUUAUCCAAGCAAGCUUCUUCACCAUCCGAUUUGAUGCGCAAACUAGUGAACUAUAACUUGUCGUCAAGCGAAACUGGAGCUUUUGCUGAAGAAAUUUUCUCGAGGGUUCCGCGUAGUUCAUCCGGCUCGAAUCAGUAUUGGAAACAAGAGCGAGAAGCCGCAAUGCUAGCCAGGAGGCAGAAGAGUUACACAAUCUUGAAGGAUGAUGAUGACAAUGGUGAUGAUGUUGGUGGUGAAGAUAGUGGUCAAGAUAACCCUAGUAAGCUAGACAGUGGUAAAAAACGUUUCCGGAAGAAAACCGAAGUUCAAGAUGAUGAUGAGGUGAUUUCAAGUAAGGAAAGGAAGGGAGAGCGACGGGUUAAGAGAAGAGUUUCGAUUUCCCCUGAUGAAGAAGAAAUAUUGAAAGAUCAAAGAGAGAAGGAGGAAUUAGAGCAACACAUGAGAGUAAGAGAUAAAGCACGAACCAGGAAGUUGGCACGAAAGAAGGAACAAGAGGUGAUUCGAAGAAGAUCUCGAGUUGCGGAGCAGGAUGGUAUUCAAUCUCUGAGGAAGGUGUCAAGGCAAGAAUACUUGAGGAAGAGGGAGGAACAAAAAUUAGAAGAGCUGAGAGAUGAUAUAGAAGAUGAGUGGUAUCUAUUUGAAGGUGAGAAGCUUACAGAAGCAGAAUAUCGUGAGCUGAGGUACAAGAAAGAGCUAUAUGAACUUUUGAAGAAGCGGAUUGAGGAGGCUGACGAUGUUGAUGAGUAUAGGAUGCCAGAGGCUUAUGAUCAGGAAGGUGGUGUUAAUCAGGAGAAGAGAUUUUCUGUGGCUAUGCAGCGUUACCGGGAUCCAAAUGCUGAGGGUAAGAUGAAUUCAUUUGCAGAACAAGAGGCAUGGGAGAAACAUCAAAUUGGUAAGGGAACGCUCCAGUAUGGUUCAAAAAAUAGAAGACAAGUCUCUGAUGAUUAUCAGUUUGUGUUUGAGGACCAAAUUGAAUUUAUCAAGGAAUCGGUGAUGGAUGGAGAUAAGUUUGAUUAUAAAGAGACAGAAGAUUCACUUGAAAAGUCCAGAGCAAAGUCAGCUUUAGAGGCACUUGAGGAGGAGAGGAAAAAGUUACCAAUUUACAGUUUUCGGGAUGAAUUGCUUCAAUCCGUUCAUGAUCACCAGGUACUUGUAAUUGUUGGUGAAACUGGUUCUGGAAAGACUACACAGAUUCCCCAAUAUCUUCAUGAAGCUGGCUACACAAAGCAUGGAAUGAUUGCAUGUACUCAGCCAUGGCGUGUUGCUGCGAUGAGUGUUGCUGCUCGAGUUUCUAAAGAAAUGGGUGUUAAACUAGGACAUGAGGUUGGUUACUCCAUCCGUUUUGAGGAUUGCACAUCAGAGAAGACUAUUCUGAAAUAUAUGACAGAUGGAAUGUUGCUGAGGGAAUUCCUUGGUGAGCCUGAGCUGGAAAGUUAUAGUGUUCUGAUGGUGGAUGAGGCUCAUGAAAGAACACUCUCAACUGAUAUUUUGUUUGGAUUAGUAAAGGAUAUUUCUCGUCACCGGCCUGAACUUAGGUUGCUAAUAUCAAGUGCAACCCUUGAUGCAGCAAAGUUCAGUGACUACUUUGAUUCUGCUCCUAUAUUCAAAAUUCCAGGGAGAAGGUAUCCUGUUGAAAUAAACUUUACCAAAGCACCAGAAGCUGACUACUUAGAUGCAGCUAUUGUCACAUCACUUCAAAUUCAUGUCAAUCACCCUCCUGGAGAUAUUUUGAUAUUCCUUACUGGUCAAGAUGAAAUUGAAACUGCUGAAGAAAUCUUGAAACAUCGCACUAGAUGCUUGGGGGCUAAAAUUGCGGAAUUGAUAAUAUGCCCCAUAUAUGGCAACCUACCAACUGAACUACAAGCUAAAAUAUUUGAACCCACUCCUGAAGGGGCGCGAAAGGUUGUCCUUGCUACCAAUAUUGCAGAAACGUCAUUAACAAUUGAUGGGAUCAAGUAUGUCAUUGAUCCAGGAUUCUGUAAGAUGAAAAGUUAUAAUCCAAGAACUGGUAUGGAGUCUUUGUCAAUAACUCCCAUCUCAAAGGCUUCAGCAAAUCAAAGAGCUGGUCGUUCCGGAAGAACAGGUCCUGGAAAGUGCUUCCGGUUAUACACUGCGUACAAUUUUCAAAAUGAUAUGGAUGAUAACACUGUACCCGAAAUACAGCGAACUAACCUUGCAAAUGUGGUUUUGACUUUAAAAAGUCUUGGAAUUGAUAACUUGUUAAAGUUUGAUUUUAUGGAUCCUCCACCAGCUGAGGCCUUAUUGAAAGCCAUCGAACUUCUAUUUGCUUUAAGUGCGUUAAAUAGAGUUGGUGAGUUAACUAAGGUAGGUAGACGGAUGGCAGAGUUCCCACUUGAUCCUAUGUUGUCAAAAAUGAUUGUUGCUUCAGAAAAGUACCAGUGUUCAGAUGAUAUCAUUUCCGUUGCUGCCCUGCUUUCUGUUGGCAACUCAAUAUUUUACCGCCCAAAGGGUAAACAAGUACAUGCUGACAAUGCGAGGAUGAAUUUUCACACAGGAAAUGUCGGAGACCAUAUUGCAUUGCUAAGAAUGUACAAUUCAUGGAAAGAGAACAAUUAUUCAAGACAAUGGUGUUAUGAGAAUUAUAUACAGGUAAGAAGUAUGAAACAGGCUAGGGAUAUCCGUGAUCAACUUGCAGGUUUGUUAGAGAGGGUUGGCAUCAAACUCACUUCAAAUCCUAACGAUUUAAACGCCAUCAGGAAAUCCAUAACAUCUGGGUUUUUCCCACACUCUGCACAACUGCAAAAGAAUGGAUCAUAUCGGACUGUAAAACUUCAACAGAAUGUUCGCAUACAUCCUAGUUCUGGGGUGGCACAGGUUUUUCCUAGAUGGGUUGUAUACUAUGAAUUAGUACUCACAACAAAGGAGUACAUGAGACAGGUCACAGAAAUAAAGCCAGAGUGGUUGGUGGAGCUAGCCCCCCACUAUUACCAGCUUAAAGAUGUUGAAGACUCUACUUCCAAGAAAAUUCCUGUGGACAAGGACGUGCAAAAUAGAUCUUCGAAGAUGAUUUGGGAGGAGGAGGGAAAAAAUGUGGCCCCUUGAACUUGGAAGAAGAUUCUGCAAUGUAUGUGGUGACAUUAUUCUCGGAAGUUCACUCAAACAAUUAGAGGGAUCCAGAUCAUAAGUGCAUGUUUCCAAAUGGUUAUGAGAUUCUUGGGCUUUUGGAAGAUUCCUUUCAGGAAUAAAUGUAAGCUGAAAGGUGGGGGAGUUAUAUAACCUGAAAGUAUUAUAUGGGCUACACGACUCAAUUUUGUAGUUUAGAUCUCAAGUUUGGAUUGAGGUAAGUCUCCAGGAAUUUUUUCAAAAUCCAUGCUUCAUAAUUAGAUAUAACACACACACACACACACUCUAAUUGAAAAUACAAAAUUUAAUUCUUUUCAUAUAGUAAUAGUUUAUUCCUUUUCGUUAUCAACUGAGCUGUUACUGUCAGUGCCACUUGCAGAAUUAUUAGCUACAUAAGUGAUUUGUUUUACUUCUUUUUAUUUUAUAUAAUUUUUUUAAGUACUAGAUAUAGAAGAGAGAGUACAUGAUAGAAGAAAUCAAGAAUUUUUUUUUUUACCAAAAAGAAUAGAAACUAAAAAUAGAAGUAAACAAUAUUUGAAAAAGAAAAUAUAUAUGCAUUAAAUGCUUCGAAUUUGUUAGCAUAUAUCUAGGAAAUGCAUAGUGCAGACCCUGAGAUGGCUUGUUGGCAUGCCAUGGCUUCUCGAUCACAUCAUUCACAUGCAUAAUGUCGGAGCUUGAGUUGGUUAUGGUUAGUGGCUGUUCAUGGUUGGACUUAUGUGUUGAUUGGGAGUGGGGACGAAAGUCAUGACUUGCUGGUUUGAGUAUGGUGAGGAAAAGAUUUUGAUAGAAAAGCAAGGAAAUUGAAGGAUUAGUUUGUUUGGUUGUGAUGCUUUUGGUUGUUGAUGAGAGGCACGUGGCCUCUUUUCCUUCUCGCACUGUAAGUAUUUAUAAGUCCCUCUGAUUUGGAUCCUUUGAAAAUGAAUUGCACUACACUUUAGAGGAUCAAAUACAAUACAUAGUUAUAACGUACAACUAUGGAUUAGAAAAGGGGUUGUUAAGAUUGUGAAAAAUAGAAGUACAUGAUGUGCAAUGAAUUAUGAAGUUGUUAAAGUUUGUCUAUUUGAUAAUCAACCUGAAGAAUGAAGAUUGAUUUGCUUGAUUUCUUCUAUUUCUUGUUUUCAAUAGUUUAUUCUUGCGGAUGCUACUGGAUUUUCUGUGAGUGGAGACAUUGAUGUCCACUCUAUACUUGGAGCCUAUUUUCCCUCAUCCCAUCAUAGUAUUGCCCCAUAACAUCUUGGAAGUCUGAAAAUUUCCUUUUUGAUACCUGUGGUGAAGAUGACUGGGAUGAAUUCCUAUCAAUGAAGAAGUACUUUAUUGAUGAAAAACUGAAUGCCAAUACAAGGGAAAAUUAAGAGCAAAUGCUCCCAGCUAUGGAGAGAUGUUCUUCAAGCCCUUAAGAUGCAACCAAAUAGAAUACCCACAUAAGCCCCCAACAAUCCCCAUCCUUCCCUACUCUAUUUUCUCUCUAUUCUAACUAGCUUUUUCCUCUUUUGCCCCUUACUCAUAUUCCCACCUUAGGCUUACGGGAAUAGACCUUUCCCCACUUAUAACUAACAAUUGGUUGGGAUUUUGGAUCACUAAGCCCAUCAAUAUUGCCCUCUUUCGUUGUUGCCUUGUCCUCAAGGCACAAACUCAGGAAUUGGACGUGGCUGAAGCUCUCUUCCUCCCAAAUUCAUGAAUUAUACUACCCUCUUCUGUUCUCUGAGAAGAUCCAACUCAGAUUUGUAUUGAGAUGUUCGGUUCUCGCUGUCAUACUAAAGAUAACUCUUAUCCUCCAUUCCUACAGAUUGGAGAAGUCCUUGAAAUGCAGAGGUAUAGCUCUGAUCAUUGACUUGAUUUAUAUGUCACUGUUUUUCCAUUAUGUUCCAAGAUCAUAGUCUUCUUCUUCCAAUCGGAUUUGACUUCCCCCAAGGUCACUAACCACUCCAUUCCCAAGAUUAAAGCUAUAUCCUUUGCUUUCCUAUCAUGAUGUUCAUCCCCAUACACCUUCCCUGGGAUAGACAUUUGCUGCCAUUACCAAGUUUAACGCCAAAUUCCCUAGUCUUGGUAACUGGCAAGCCCAAGGAAGUCACUAUUUGGUCACAAAGUUAUGGCUAGCUCCACUAUCGAUCAAUAACCAAAUAGGGAAUCCGAGCAAGUAUCCUUCUAGUUUCAUUGUCUUGGACAAGGCUAAUUCUCUGUUUCAAAUAAAAUUCAAUUCAACCAAUUGACAUACCAUUUCCCACUCGGUCGAUUCUUCAAGUUCCUCCUCUCAACUCUGUCAUCUACACAUAAAAGCAAUCGCGACUGCUUAUUAGGGCAUUGAUGAGUGGACUAUAAUGUUACCCACAUUUGAACACAACACUUUGCUUCGACAGUCGACACUCCAUAAGUUCCUAAUAUGAUAAAUGCCUUGUGCUCCAUAUGGUUGCCCUCCAAUUCUUUUUUCAGGAACGUUUUCCUUUUUCUGAUAUUCUGCACGUUAGAGGCCUGCUCCGAAUUCAACUUAAUGGUUGAAAUCCUUGUUUGCCUAAUUCUUGGAAUGUUGGAGUGAGCAUUAUGGCGAACAGCAACCGUUCCUCGCUGUGUUUGUUUUGAGCAACAUAACCUAGCUUCCUCUCCACCAAGCGUGCUAUAGAUAUCAAUUUGUAUCGAUUAAACCGUUCUAGUAUUAGACUCUCCAAAUGAAUAUCUUCCUCGAGAGUCGAGACCACCAAGUAUCAAUCCCAUGUAUUGAUCAUCGGGCAUGGGUGGAAUUUGAACAAUCAAUGAUUCAAACUCUUCAAUGUAUUCAUCCAUUUUUCCUGUCUGUAAAUUCAAUUGAGUAAAAGCGAUCGAAGAGGGCGAGCUCAAGCUUCUCCCACAUCAAUUGUGGAUUCGACUCCUUCAGAACUUUGAACCAGUGCCAAGUACCUUGUACAGCAAAAUAAACUUCGGCAUGCGAAACCAAACCCACUGGAUCUCAUCUCAUUUCAGUUUUUAAUAAAAGAAUGCUGUGUGAUAGACUGAUAGCCCCAUGUUUAUCUUUUGUUUUUAAUUUCUUGUGAUUUUAAUAAUUAGAAAUUCAAUUUUGUAUGAUGUUAAAAUGAAUGAUGGAAAUUAUUGUAAUGCUGUGUUGCGUGUUUUCAUUGCUUUUGAAGCAUUGAUUCUUUUUUAAUUUCACAAUAUUGAUGCCUGUUUCUUUUGCCAAAAGCACUGCAUUGCAUCUUCUUUUUGGAUUUGUUUUGAAUUUUCUUAAGUUAGCUAACUGAUAUAUUUGUAGGUGAUGUUAAAGUAUUUGAUUACAAGGUGCAUACUUUUAUUUUCACAUGGUAGAUUUGUUUGAAUUGAUUGUAUUGGGCUUGUUGCUCUCUCCUCUGAUGGUCUUCCCUGCUCCAACACGUAGUAUCAUUCUUGCUUCUCUGUCUUUGCUUUAAUGUUUUAUAGUUCUAUACAUGUAUGUAGUGUAGGUCAAAUACAUGUUUAGUACAAUAGUUGUUCUAGAACAACUUUUAAAUGAUAUGAAAAACAAUUUAGUAUUUUUCAAAUGUUGUUAAUAAUCAUGUUAUCAAAUAAGAAUUGACAACAUAUUUUCAAAUGUUGAUAUGAAAUAAUGUUGUUAAAAUGUUUUAACGACGUAGGGUAUACUGCAUUGUCCGGAUAGUUUAGGAGAAGUGACAGAAAUUGUGUCUUAUGUAGGCUUCAGUUUCUAUUUUUGGUGACAGGUUGCUUCUGAUUUAAUUUGUAUUAUUCUUGGUUUCAUGUUGUCUAAUUUGAUCAGGAUCAGACGAAUGUA